AUGGUUGAAUUUGAAAUGUCUGAUCUUGGAAAAAUGCAUUAUUUUUUGGGGAUUGAAGUGGUUCAAUCAGCAAGUGGAAUCUUUAUUUCUAAAAAAAAAUAUGCACAAGAGAUGUUGGACAAGUUUCGAAUGGCGAAUUGCAAUCUUGUGAGCACGCCUAUAGAAGUGGGUCUUAAACUUGUUCGAGAUCCUAAAGGAAGGAAGAUUGACAACACACUCUACAAGCAAAUUGUAGGGAGUUUAAUGUAUUUGACAGCAACAAGACCUGAUAGUAUGCAUCAUAUAAGCAUUAUCAGCAUAUACUUGGAAUUCCCAGCAGAGAUGCAACUUUUAGCUGCCAAAAGGAUUUUUCGAUACUUGCAAGGAACUUCAGAAUAUGGACUAUUCUACAAGAAGGGUGAAAAAUCAAGUUUAGUUGAUUUUACUGAUAGUGAUUAUGCUGGUGAUCUUGGUGAUAGAAAGAGUACUUCUGGAUAUGUAUUCAUGACGAGUUCGUCAGCAAUUUCGUGGUAUUCAAAGAAGCAACCAAUUGUUACUCUGUCAACAACUAAAGUAGAGGAGCUAUACUUGAAGCAAGAGGGUGCUACUAAAGUCUACCGUGAUAAUAACUCUGCCACCAAACUUUCUAAGAAUCUUGUUCUCACGGAAGGAGUAAGCACAUAUAUGUGA